UACGUGUCUGCAUGGUGCAAUUGUUAUGUACGCUCAACAGAACGAAUUCCGUUCAUACACUUCAUUUGAUAACAGUUUGUUCCAAAGAUGGCAAACAACUCAAACAUGCAAUUUUUAUUUAAAAAGUAUGAAGUUAAAAAUGCUUACGUUUUCGCAAUAAUCAACGAGAAGUUUGAAGAUCCUCGUUUUAAGACACGUAAAGGUGCUCUUGAUGACUUCCAAAAUGUGAGGACGUUGAUGGAGGAAUUUGGUUUUGAACUCAAUAUUAAAGAAAAUCUGACUAAAAAAAAAAUGCUAGAGGUGUUCAAAAGAAUGAAAGAACCAACAUUCAACAACAAUGACGCAUUUAUAUGUUUUAUAUCUAGUCAUGGAGAGGGUGAGUACUUUAAAGACAGUAGGGAAAAUAAUAGACAGAGAGAUGGAGUGUACGGAACUGAUGGUGAAAUUGUUUACCUUAACGGUCUUGUCGAUAUACUGGCACACAACAAAUCUUUGAAAGGAAAGCCAAUUAUUAUUAUUGCACAACAUUGCCGAGGAAAGGAAAUCACCCAGCAAAAUGAAGUGAAGAAGAAUUCUAGCGGUAAAGCUAUCAAGCAGAGUAUUCGUACUACCCCCAUCUCAAUACCAUCGCAUCGCAAUGUUUUAAUUGCAUAUUCCACCGUUUUUAACGCUGAAUCUUACCGAGAUCCUGAAAAAGGUUCAUUGUUCAUUUAUUACUUCAUGGAGGUUCUCCGACAUAAUGAUGAAAACAUGUCGUUGAUUGAUAUUCUGUCAAAAGUGCAUAAUCAUGUUGCUAGAUGUUCUUUUGGAAAUGGCUUAAAACAGAUGCCUUGCUUUUCGAACAGUCUCACGAUGUCUGUAUUUUUCAAAAAAUCCAUUAAAGGAACUAAGGUCUCUUUGCCUAUAGUAGUUCCCACUAGUGAAACCCAACAAUCUGAUGAAGAUUCAAACUCCGAUGCUACCGAAAACGAAGGAGUUCCCACUAGUGAAACCCAACAAUCUGAUGAAGAUUCAAACGAUGCUACCGAAAACGAAGGAGUUCCACUAGUGAAACAACAAUCUGAUGAAGAUUCAAACUCCGAUGCUACCAAAAACGAAGGAGUUCCCACUAGUGAAACCCAACAAUCUGAUGAAGAUUCAAACUCCGAUGCUACCGAAAACGAAAGAGUUCCCAUUAGUGAAACCCAACAAUCUGAUAAAGAUUCAAACUCCGAUGCUACCAAAAACGGAGGAGUUCUCAUUAGUGAAACCCAACAAUCUCAUAAAGAUUCAAACUCCGAUGCUACCGAAAACGAAGAUAAUGAAGAUGUUUCAAAAACUGAGCGUUUAAUCAAGAAGGCUUUUGUUUUUAUAAUAAUCAAUGAAGUCUUUGAUACAAAGAAACGAGAAGGUGCUCAAGUUGACUUAAGGAAUAUUGAAAAAGUGUGCAAAACCUUUGGCUUUACGAAACAUGUGGAAUUGAAUUUGGAAAGAGAUGAAAUGGAAAUAAUCCUCAAGAAGAUAGAAAAUGAUGACUUUAAGGUAUACGAUGCGUUGAUUGUAUUCAUAUCCAGUUACGGAGAACAUAAUGACGUCAUUGGAGUUUGUGGUCAGAAGAUUUCUAUUGACGAUUUCGUUAAGUCGAUGGCCAGAAAUAAAACCUUAAAUAACUCAAGAGAAAAUAAGCCGAAGCUUAUUUUUUUUGAAAAUAGUAACUACAGUGUGGUUGAAACCGAUCACGGCAGUGACGUUCCAUUGCCUAUGCAUGCUGACGUUCCAUUGCCUAUGCAUGCUGACGUUCUCGUCGCCCAUUCUAAUUUGCUUAGAGGUAAAACAUAUCAUGACUCUGUGUUUGGCUCGUGGUUUAUGCAUUGGUUAACAACUUUUUUGAAGGAUUUCGGUGACAAAAUGUCGUUGACUCAUAUUCUCACUAUGGUAAAUGACUUUGUAGCUAAUGUUGGUGUGAGAGGCACUAAGGAUCAAGUGCCUUGUUUUUCGAGCAGUUUGAGAAUGGCUCUCCGUUUUCAAAGAGUUGUGUAAGCCACAUAGCUGCGGCUGCAUGAUUCUAAAUAUGGACAAGUUUCAUUUAUGCACUGUAAGUUCAGUAUUUAAAAUACUAAUAUUAAUAUCUCGACCAAUGUUGUCGAGAAAUUUUUAUUGUAUUAAGAUAUUAUGUAUAGAAUGAAGUACACUUAACAAAUGAGUAACUAAAUGAAUAGAUAAAUAAACCCGUAGCACAAUACAUAGAGAGUUGAAACACUAAUACUUCAUACUGCAAUAUGUAUUUUUAUAUCCUUAUAUUGUAUUUUUUCAUCUUUUGCAAAGUUACCACUUAAAAGCACAACAGGAGGUAAAUAAGUGGAGAGUCAGAAAAAGAAAUGUUGUAAUAAAUGGCUCAGCAGGCAA